AUAAAAAAACUAUCGCAACGACCUCAGAAACUGGCGGCCAAUUGCACUUACUAAUACCGACAAUAAAAUUUUCUCUAGAAUCCUGGCGAACAGAAUACAAUUUUUAGCCACUAAAUGCGUCAACCGAUAUCAAACAGGCUUUAUACGAGGACGAUAUAUAGCUGACAACGCCGCGUCCGCAAUACUCCUUAUGGAGCAUGCUCAGAAGAUGAGGUCAGCCGACCAGACUACACCCUGCAUGAUCCUCUUGGAUCAAGAAAAAGCUUAUGACAGGGUCCACCCUGAAUACUUUGCCUUAACUUUAAAGCACUUUGGUUUCCAGAACAGCCAACAAAAUGCAUAUCCAAACUCUUCUUCCAGUCUAAACUCGAGUAGCCGUUAAUGGCUAUCUCACGCGUCCAAUCCGACAAAGAAGAGGGCUUCGCCAAGGAGACCCGCUGUCCCCAAUCCUUUACAACCUAAUGUUAGAACCCCUUCUCCGAUCCUUCCAAAAAAAAUUGACAGGUUACAAGCUAAAUAACACCUUAUCACUCACCUGCAUGGCAUAUGCAAAUGAUACUGUUCUAUUCAUUAACUCUCCAGAGGAACUUCAACAUAGCAUGCAAAUUUAUGAUCAAUAUGCCAAAGUGUCUAAUGCCAAACUGAAUGACAAAAGAAAAAAACCAUCGGAGUAGUGAAGAGAGGCACAGUUGGAUCCUGGCAAUCUGACUUUCUCCCAGUACCAAUGGUAUGACUCAAACAGUUCAACAUGCCCUACAUACUUAGGAUACCCUCUUUCACCGUCCAAACGGCACCACCUUCAUCAUUAUGACAUAGCCACACAAAAAAUUCGCAACCAUGCCAACCUCCUCAGCGGCCGCUCA